GGUCAUCAGAAGACUAUUACGACGCAAUUCAGGAGGAGGAAGAAUCUGAACAAAAGGCAAAGAAUCAAGAAGAUGAUCUUUCCAGCGCCUUACAUUUAAUGACUGCUUUACAAACUAAUGUUAAUCCCUUGUUCCCAAUUUUGCCUGGUGGAAAAAACAAGAAAAAUACGAAACUUGGCAUUAAACUUCCAAAACAGAAAAAUCAAGAAAAACAACGUUCUUUGGUUGAGGGGGAUACUUAUGAUGAUGAUCAAGUAGAAAUUGACCAGACUGGUUCAAAUAAAAAUUUUAAAACAAAGAAAAACAGUGAAAUAAACGAAGGGCCAAUGAUUGUAUUGCUGCCGGACAUUGAAAUGGAACAAUCAGCAGGAAAUAAACAAAAGAAAGACGGACUAAUUUUAGUGGAUGAGGCUACUGCUGCUGAGAAUAAAAAUGAUAGACCAAAUUUAGCAACACCACCAAAAGCAAAAAUAAUUGUUUUUAAUUAA